AUGUCCACACCUCUCCCCAGCGAUAAAACUGCAACUCAGGCAUUCAAAAGCGCCUUGCAGCCCAUCAAAAGCACUGGAGAUCCCGGAGACGCAAACCACCUAGAUGCGCAAGAUUUUCCAGAGGGUGGCUUUACAGCUUGGGGUACGGCGCUAGGAGCAUUCUUGAUCCAGUUCUGUGGCUUUGGAUACACCAGCGCUUAUGGCGUCUAUGAGGACUUCUAUACUCAAACUUACUUGACCAAUUCCACCCCAUCUGCAAUCGCCUGGAUAGGAAGUGUCAACGCAUUCUUGAUAUUGUCAGUUGGUCUCAUAUCGGGAAGGAUGCUUGACCGAGGUGCAUUCUAUCAUGUGAUGAAAAUCGGCUGUCUCCUCCAAUGUUUCUUCCUUUUUAUGCUGUCCCUAGCGAAGCCAAAUGGAUACUAUCAAAUCUUCCUUUCUCAAGGUAUCGGUUCCGGGUUUGCAAUAGGCCUUACGAAUGUUCCUUCCCUCGCUGUGGUAUCUCAUCACUUCCAGCGACGCAGAGCUUUCAUGAUGGCAUUUGUUGUUGCAGGGGCGUCAAUGGGUGCAAUAUUGCAUCCUAUCAUGCUCAACAACCUUAUCAACGGAAGACUUGGCUUUGCAAAUGGUGUCCGUGCAAGCGCGGGCUUGAUUAGUGGUCUGCUGUUCAUAGCAUAUCUUCUGAUGCGCACAAGGCUUCCACCGCAACCGAAGGCCGUUAGCUACACUCGUGUUCUGCAAAACUCGCUGAGAGAUCCUGCUUAUGUAUGUGCAUGUCUGGGAAUGGCUGCUUUCGAAGUCGGAUUUUUUUCCGAAUCCUUUUUCCUUCAAUUAGACUCCAGUUUGCACGGUCUUGGUCAAACAUUUUCGUUUUACUCACUUACAAUCCUUAGUGCUGGCUCGUUCAUCGGAAGACUUACUGCAGGUAUUAUCUCUGCCUAUGUGGGCAUCCCAAAUACAAUCAUCGGCUACUCCUCAAUAUCCUCCAUUGUACUAUUUACGAUGAUCGGUUUGCGCUCGGUGGCCAGUGUGGCACUGAUAGGUAUUAGCUAUGGUUAUUUUGCUGGAGGCUGCAUAGCAAUGAUGGCGCCAUUGAUAUCAUAUCUGACUCCUGAAAUCUCAGAUAUUGGCGUUCGAAUGGGAAUAGCAUUCGCAAUAUCUGGUGCUCCGAUUUGCGGGGCUGUCCUGACCUCGCAUUAUAUCUGGUGGAAGCCUGCUGUCUUUGCUGGGGUGAAUUGA